AGUCGGAGGAUUGUGUCGCAGCGGACGUCCCCCGAGGCGCUGACAGACAGACACAGAGCAUCUGUGGGAAGACAACUUCACCUUGAAAACCGUCUCCAGCCUCGCGCAUCACCGCCAAGGAGCGAUCACACGGACUAAAUGAACGCGUAAAUGGAGUUUCAAUCGUUGUCGUGACUGUUCUCCACCUCCUCUCACCCAGCAGAAGAAGAUCCUGCGCUGAAGUUGCCGCAGCAUCCACACACUCUCUCCUCUGCAGACAUGGGAACCGUACUCUCUAUAUCUCCUGCGACAAAGAAGGCGUCUAUAAUGGACGCCGAGGUCGCGAGGGAUGGACUCAAAAACGACAAGAGUCUCAAGCGGCACUCGAUGUUCGUCUCGCUGUCCUGGAAGAAGCUGGUGGCCAAUUCGGCCAAGAAGAAUGCCAAGAAGGUGACGCCGAACCCGCCGACCAUCCGUGAACUGCCGUCCAGCCAGGUGGCGCAGCUCAACAGCGAGAACAUCAGGAAAACGCACCAAAACGAGGAGAAAAAACCCAAAGCGCCCAUCCCAGUCCCGGUGCCCACGGUACCCACGCAAAGAAAUGAGGCUGUCGCCCAAAACGGAAGGCUCUCCUCGGUGCAGAAGCAGCCGAGCAGCCUGUCUCUGCUGUCACCGCGGAGGAUAGUCAUCCAGGCUUCGACGGGAGAGCUGCUGCGCUGUCUGGGGGACUUCAUGUGCCGCAGGUGUUACAAACUGAAAGAGUUAAACUGCGGGGAGGUGAUCCUCUGGUUCCGGAACAUAGACCGGACUCUUUUGCUGCAGGGCUGGCAGGACCAGGGUUUCAUCACGCCGGCCAACGUGGUGUUCGUGUACCUGUUGUGCGAGGACACGAUAGCGGACAGCGUGGACAGCCCGGCCGAGCUGCAGGGAACAUUUCAGACUUGCCUCUACCUCGCCUACUCCUACAUGGGCAACGAGAUCUCCUACCCACUCAAGCCGUUCAUGAACGAGUCGAACAAGGACGUUUUCUGGGAGACGUCGCUCCGGAUCAUCAACAAGAUGAGUGCCAAAAUGCUGCAGCUCAAUGCGGACCCGCACUUUUUCACCCAGGUCUUCCAGGACCUUAAAAACCAACGAGACACCACCGAGACAAACCUGGAUCGUUGACAUGGAAACGAACAACUGAUUGGUGAUUUUUUUUUUUCUUCAGGGGAAAAAAAACCAAAACGUAAAUGAUUUGCAAAAAACCACCGUGAAGGUGGUUUUGAAAGAACGGGCCAGUGUAGAAGGGUUCUCAUGUGUGGGCUGAUAAUCUCAUGAUCAACAUCAGUUUAGGUUACAAUGUAGGAGAUUUCAUCAAAUGCAUGCCAAUACACACU